GGGGCCCCUCCAGUGUACGAUAUCUACAACUCCAUGGAGUAUGGGCCUGUCCCAGAGGGGACUGGGGCAGCCCAGAGGGGCAAGAAGAGUUUUCAUGCUAUCGUGCUACAACAGGCGUGGCCGAGAGUCCCGAUUUAAAUCAGGGUCAUAUGCAUACUGCGCAACCAUUGGCCGGCGCGCCCGUGUGGCCCUUGCCCCCUGUUCCUUUCCUUUCCUAUCCCGGCAUGUCCUCGCCUUCUCCUUCUUCCUUCCUGGGCCCAAAGACCGCGGAUCGCCCCAAAGUGCCCAGGACCCGGGCGGCCACUUGGAGCCACCGGGAGACCUUGGAUUUUCUCGCCUUGUGGGGGGAAGAAGGGAUCCAGGCGCAGCUCAACCGGUGCCACCGGAAUGCCGACGUCUACCAGUGGAUUUCGGAGCGGAUGGCGGACAAGGGGUAUUUCCGCGACGAGGACCAGUGCCGGACCAAAGGCAAAGACCUGAAGAAGAGUUACAAGCAAGCCAAGCUGCAAGACGGUAUCGCCCGCCAGAGGUGCCGCUUUUUCCACGAACUCGACGCCAUUCUGGGCGGCGGGCACGGGGGGAGCAAUAACGGCGGCGGGGGCGCUGCUCCUUGGUGCCAGGUGGUGAUCAAAGAGGAGAGCGAUCCGGAGCUCGAUCCGGAUCAAGAUCUCCAGGAGGACGAGUACGCGUGGACCCAGGUGUCCGUCACCGACGGCAGCGAUCUGGAUCCGCAGGGCGAGCCUUCCUCCUCCUCCGUUGCCGCGGCCGCCGCCUCCGCCUCUUCCUCCUCCCAGGCGGCCGGGGGUUUGCUCCAUCACGAAGACCCGAUCCUUCACCAACAUCAUCACCACCACGUCGCGGGAGGGGUCAUCAAGGAGGAGAAAAGCCCCGUGCAAGAGGAGGCCGGACUUCGCGGGGGUGUUCCCUACCUCUACCCCCAGGAGGACGCCCACGUGGAGACCCCCGGCGGAGACCUCAUCAGACCCGGUGGAGCGGAGGAGCCUGUCCUGCGCCAGGAGAGGCGGGUGCAUUUGGAGGCUUCUUGGAGACCGGGGCUAAACAGGAGAGCUUUUUCCAGGCCACGGACCCUGCUGAGCACCCGGGAGAAGUUGGCUCAGCUCCGCAACAGACGGAAGAGGCCUCGGGAUGACAAGUUUGACGAGCUUGUGCGGGACAUCCGGGCACACUUCCGGGAGAGGGAGAAGUUGUUCCAGGGCUUGUGGGAGGAGGAGAAGGCCCAGCGGGAGAAGGACCGGAGGCUGUGGACAGCCGAGAUGGACUGGAUCCGGCAAAUGUGGGCCAAGAGCCAGAAGGAGAGGGAGCCGGCCGGAGCCAACAAGGAGGCGAAUGGCCCUCGGCAUGUAAAGGAAGAGAGCUGGAGCUGGGAUCUCUGCAAAGACUCUGAAGGGGGAUCUCCAAAAGACACCGGUGUUCAAGAGCCCCUUCUGUUAAAGGCCUGGCUGGAAUCUCACGGUCGUAGCUUUGGGCAUUUCAUAGAUGGCGAGUGGCUGAAGCCGAAUGGAAGGGAGACCUACACCACCAAGAAUCCCACCACAGGGGAACCACUGGCCACCACCCUCCAGGGCAGCAUAGAAGACGUGGAUGCAGCAGUCGAUGCUGCCACAAAAGCUUUUGAAUCAUGGAGCCAACUCCCUGGCCACGUUCGAGCCCGGCACCUGUACAACGUGGCCAGGACCAUCCAGAAGCACCAGCGGCUGCUCAGCCUUCUUGAGAGUCUAGACAGCGGGAAGCUAAUCCGGGAAGCCCGAGACACAGACCUGCCUCUGGUCGUCCGCCAUUUCUACCACCACACAGGCUGGGCCCAGCUGAUGGAGGUGGAGAUGAAGGGCUGGAAGCCUCUUGGGGUCGUGGCAGCUCUCAUCCCUCGGAGUUUUCCUUUGCUGACUCUGACGUGGAAGGUGUGUCCAGCGCUGGCCAUGGGAAACACUGUAGUCUUAAAACCGGCCAGCUCCACCCGCCUCACGGCUCUGCUCCUGGCUGAAGCCUGUACCCAGGCCGGGCUCCCUCCUGGGGUCCUCAAUGUUGUCACGGGCGAUCAGGGCCUGGGGGAGGCCUUGGCUGCGCAUCCAGGUAUCGACAAAGUGGCUUUUGCUGGCUCCGCUGAGGUGGGCCGCAACCUGCGCCGUGCCACGGCGGGGACUGGCAAGAAGCUUUCUCUCCAGCUCGGAGGGAAAUCGCCCUUCAUUGUCUUUGACUCGGCUGAUCUGGACAGCGCUGUUGAUGGGCUGGUAGAUUCCAUCUGGCUCAACCAGGGGCAGGUGCAGAGUGCCGGGUCUCAGCUGUUCCUACAGGAAUCCAUUGCCAAAGACUUCAUUCAACGCCUGAAACGCCGAAUGGGGCAGCUGCGUAUGGGGGACUCUCUGGACAAGGCCGUGGACUUGGGAGCCUUGGUCAGCGAGAAGCAGCGCUGCACCAUCGAGAGCCUUGUGGAGGAAGCUCGAGCAGAAGGGGCUGAGAUUUUUCAAGCCUGGGCGUCCCUCCCAUCAAGUGGGCUGUUCUACCCUCCAACCUUAAUCACUGGCGUGCAUACUACCUCCCGUUGUGUCAGGCAAGAGAUCUUUGGACCUAUUCUGGUAUCGUUGACUUUCCGGACAGCCAAGGAGGCCGUGGCUUUGGGGAACAGCACCCCCUAUGGGCUGGUUGCUAGUGUGUGGACAGAGACCUUGCCCCUGGCUCUGGAAGUUGCCCACAGUUUGCAGGUUGGGACUGUCUGGAUCAAUGGCCACAACAUGUUAGACGCUGCAUCGGCCUUUGGGGGUUAUAAAGAAAGUGGCUAUGGUCGGAAUGGAGGCAAAGAGGGCCUCUAUGAGUAUGUGAGACCAAACUGGGAGAUCCGCCCACGCCCCAGUACUGUGGAUCUGAACUUCAAAAUCUUUGCUACCUCACAGGGGAUUGAGAUCCCUUCUAUUUCUGCAGAAAAUAGAGUUCCGCGUUCCAUCGUGUCUGACCAAGAAGGAAACAUUCCAAGCAUGGACCGCACCUACAAGCUGUACUAUGGCGGUGUUCAGAAGAGGCCAGAUUCCAUGAGUUCCCGAGCCGUCCUUGACCAUGCUGGCAAAAUAAUGGCUUAUGUGGCAGAUGGGAGCAUCAAAGACAUCCGUAAUGCUGUGGAAGCGGCUCACAAGGCUGCUCCAGGCUGGGCGAAGCAGACAGCUCACGCCCGGGCACAGAUCUUGUACUACCUGGCUGAGAACCUGGAACUCCGUCGAGCUGAGGUUGCAUCACGGCUGGAGGCACUGACCGGGAUAGAGGAAGAGGUGGCUCUGCGGGAGGUGGACCUCAGUGUGCAGCGACUCUUUUACUGGGCAGCGUACUCUGAUAAAUAUGGUGGAGCCGUACAGGAAACCACUUUGUAUGGUGCCUCCCUCCUCUUCCGAGAGCCUCUUGGUGUUGUAGGAAUUGCCUGCCCCAACGAUCAGCCACUCCUUGGUUUUGUCAGCUUGUUGGCUCCUGCUGUUAUCCGUGGCAACUGCGUGGUGAUGGUCCCCAGCGAGCGGUACCCAUUACUUGCCCUGGAUUUCUAUCAGGUCCUGGACACUUCGGAUGUCCCUGGUGGAGUGGUGAACAUCAUCUCUGGCAACCGGGAUCAUUUGAGCCGAGGCUUAGCUGAGCACCAAGAUGUGCAGGCUAUGUGGUACUUUGGUUCUAAGGAGGGCUCUGCACUUGUUGAAUGGGCCUCAGCUGGGAAUCUGAAGAGGACCUGGGUGAACUAUGGAGCAGAGCGGCGUUGCUGGACUGACCCACAAGAAGGGGCCGGGGAAGAGUUUCUCUAUCAGGCCACACAGUGUAAAAGUGUCUGGAUGCCUAUGGGUGAUAUAUUUGCCAACUGAGCCUCUGGAUCAGUGGGCUGAACUGGAAGGCAAUCGGGUGGGAAGCACUGGAACUGAAUAAAGACCAUUUGGUAGUUUGUUUUAAAAAAGAA